AUUUUUUUUGAACUUUAUUAUUUAUGAAUUUUAUUAAUUUUCAGAAGAUAUGUCUCGUGAUCUGCGAUUAGAAACUAUUUUUAGUCGUUGUGAUCAGCAAGGAAAUGGAUUUAUUGGUCCAGAGGAGUUUAGACAGCUUUGCUCCGAGUUCGAUAUUUCAUCGGAUGACAGUGAUAUAAUAUUUGCUGAUUUGGAUCAUGAUGGGGACGGAAAAAUAGAUUUCGAGGAUUUUUCUUUCGGGUUCCGAGAUUUUCUAGUUCCAGGUUCACGUAGAGGCAGCAUUCAGCUGAGCCUUGUCCCUCCUCGCGGAGGAUUACAGCGAGGUUAUACAAUGGAGGUCGUAGAUGAAGAAAAACAGAAAUCUAUGGAGGAGAAGCACCGAAAGGCCCAGAAUGCCUGGCAAAGUUUUGCAGACAACAUGGGGAAAGAUAAUACUCGAAAGUAA